UGCAUGAGUAAGUGUCAGAGUCACUCAGUACAGUUACUGACGGCCCGUACCGUGAACGAUCGCCGUCGCCGUCGACCGUCGUCGUAGUCGUUGUUAUCGUUGCCAGCGUCGGGUAGAGUCGUGUUCGUUUUACCAUGAGUUGCUCUUGAUAAACGUAUAUGCAGUUAACAGAAAGUGAGAGAGAAAGAGACGUCGAAAAAGAAAGGAAGAUCGUUUAAUUGAUGAACAGGUGUAACUCGUCGACGAAGUGACAGUGUGUUCUCGAAUGUGUAUAUGGACGAGAUCGUGACGAUGACCGUUCCACCGACACUACCGGCGAAGACUCAGCCCCGGGACCCGAGUCAGGUUGCCCGACAGACUGUAUCAAUCCGGACUGUUUCCAAUGCCCCCACGGCUCCUCUUAGCACCGGGGCCGGAGCAACGGUAUUUGUCGGGCUCGCAGCUCCUGGCGUCGAUUCCGCGGCAGCCUGUAGGAGAAGAAUCCCGGAAGUGCAAUCCGCGAACGGCUACGGUAAGCAGAGCACCGUGAAGUCGGCUCAGAACCUACCGAGCCAGCAACAACAGCAGCAACAGCAGCAGCAGGCGGCGCAUGUGGUGAAGAUCAAGAUCAAUCCGGAUGGUGAGAAAAACGGAAGGGUGAUAUCGACCGUUCGAUUGACUCUGGACGAGAAGGUCGUCGGGCAGGAAACCGAACAGGAGAACGGGAACGGGAUCGGGAUCGCGUGCGAACAUUCGAGCAAGCGUGACGGUUGUGUGGUCGUGAGUGCGGCGAAUCUGGUGAACGAGCAACGUUGUGGACGUGCCGGUGCCGGUGAAGGCUGUGUGAGGAUCAGCGUUGCUUGCAACACCUUCGAGCGCAACAACAACAACAACAACAACAAAGAUAAGCGUAAUCGAAAGGACAGCUCGGAGAAAGACAUGGUUCACCGGGAGAGUACAGAACCCUUGAACACCAGCUCCGCCAAUAAUCGUUCUACCAGCGCCUGCUUCUACUACAAUUCGUAUCCGAGUCAUUUGAACGGUAUGGUGAUGUCCAGUGGGCAAUGUUCGCCAAGCGACACCCUGGACAGCGGUACGUGCAGCGAUCUCGAUGGCACGCCACCGCCUCUUCCCAAGAAAAAGAACUCUAGCACUGUUAUGCUGGCCAGCGAUCAGCAUAAUCGAACUGGAAGUCUGACCAGUAGCGGGGCGGAAGUGGACAGUGACGAUAACGAGAGCAACAUCAGCUGCGACUCGUUGAACGCCGGCGACUUGAACGACAGAAUAGAGGAAAUCAAUGGUAACUCGAAUGGAGUUAAUCGAUCGUCCCUGGAUUUCCGAGGACAUUCAGAGAAUAAUCAUCGUCAGAAGUACCGGGACAUGAACGACGUUCCAAAUUUGAACCAAUUGAACCUGUCGAACGAGAAGGAGGAACGAACGAGCAAGGAGACCGCAACGACGCCGGAAAUUCAAUCGAAUUCAUGUUCGACCAGAGCAUCCCCCAGCGUGUCCCCUUCGCCGUCCGCAACUUCUUCGCUGUCGAAAGCUUCAUCCACGCCGAGAAUCCGGAGUCCUGUGUUGACGAGCGAAUCUAAUGGCAGGCUAUCAUCGCCGGUGGUGAAGGAAUGCACGUACGAGGAGAGGAAACAGGAACAGGAGAGGAUAGGACAAGAGCCCGUUGGUGGUGACGUUGACGCGAGCAUCAAUCCUGUGACUGGGAAGAAGUACCUGUACGAGUACGACAGGUUCUACAAGUUUCACGUGAACGAACUGAAGGGAAACAGCAAGGACACGAACAAGGGUGUGGUGUUAGGAGAUAAGGACACCGACGAAUGUUUCGCCGGUUACAAGAUCCUCGACAAGGAAGCCAUACGAAGUGCCAAGGGAACCGUUCGCGGUGUCAAGAACAGGGUGCGAGCUGGUAUCGCGACGUUCCUUCAAAAACCAUCCUCUCAGGCGUACAUUAAGAAGGAGCUGGGCAAGGUAGUGGUCUACACGACAACCUCUGGCAUCGUCAGAAAAACGUUCUACAAUUGUAAGAAGGUGAAGCAGAUUCUGAGGACGCAUAUGGUCAAGUAUGACGAGCUGGAUCUGUUUGGCGACGCGGAACUUCAGACGGAACUAAGGGAACGUUUGGGUUCCAUGGUGAUACAAUUGCCGCAGCUCUUCAUUGACGGACAACAUAUCGGGGGAUUUGACACUGUGGAGCGAUUGAACGAAUCUGGAGAACUGAGAGACAUGCUCAAGCCUUAUCAGAGCGAGGAUGCUUGCACCGUUUGCCUGUUCUGCGGCGGUUACCAAUGGCAGCUGUGCCCGGUUUGCAACGGCAGCAAAAGGUCCGUGCAUCGCAACGACUUCACCGCGGAAUUCGUCGCCCUGAAGUGUGCAAAAUGCGAUGUGAACGGUCUAAUACGUUGUCCUCAUUGCUAAAGGACGAGCAUGAAGAGGAACGAGGGCUACGAACGGCAUCGUCAUCCUCGACGUUAUUGCACUCGGCUUCCCAUGGCUUGCAACCCCCUCCCUUACACUCGGUUUAAGACUAAGGUGCUACGAGAGUAUAUUGCAUGUUACACGUAACACGUUGAAUGGAUUCCUUUGUCCAGGAGCGUUCUUUCACUUUCGUUUAGAAUUUUCGCCUUUGCUCGCCUCGAGUUUCAGGGGUUUAUAGGAAUUCGUAGGUCGAGUAGAAUUUGAAAAUUCGAGGUAAAACAACGCUCGCACGUUUGUCGCGUGACUACUCCCGUCAAUUGUAAAAUAUCGACUAAUAAAGCUUAUCGGAAAUUUUGUAAUAUUAAAAUGAUGCAUCUUCUUA